UUCACGAACAAGAUAAGCUAUGUGCCAGAUCAUUUCAUUCACGAACGACAUGUAUCCGUUCAUUCAGUUUGUUUACGAAUGACAUGUGAGCCAGUUCAGUCAUUUCAUUGUCGAACGAUAAGAUCUCUAGAUCUAGUUCAGACUCAUAUGAAACUCGUUCAUUGAAGGGCGUAUUCGUUACUACAUUCAACAAAUCACAUACUCUGUCACAUCUCAUACUCGAAGGCUAUUGGCUCGAGGUUGAGUAAUUCUUUGACACUAAUACUAAUUUGUAGACCUAGUUGAGCCUGUAAAUAACUUUAAGUGGAAUAGCUUAAAAUUCCCAAGUUUUAGUCAUGCAAUGCACGAUGGGAACGUGAUCGCCGUCACUUUGCCGCCAUGUCUAUGCUUUUUGCCGAGAAGACACCACUUUCUCGCCGCGGACAGUUAAGUUUCUGCUAAAACUCGCCAGAGAUGGUAAGUAACUUUGAUUUAACUAACGUUGCUGCUGAGGAGUUAUUCAACUUAAUGUUUCAGUAUUUGUGUGUUGAUACAAGGGGUUUGCUGGUGAGUAGGACAUUAUCUUAAUCUAGGUCGGCAGCCAUUUUCACCUGCUAGUUAACGAUAAUGUUACGUUACAAGUUUUUUUUUCACUUGGUGCGCUGUUUGUGAGAAGUCCAAGUGAAGCAGUUUGACGUCGAUGGACAUUAACAUUGUCAUCCGUUAAGGUACUUAGCUAGCUAAGUAAGUCACUUUUAUCACUGGAGGGGCUUUUUAUGAGUAACUUUAGAGUAAGACGUUUUAUUAAGUUCAACGGACAUCACCUGUAACCACCUGUUUGAUGGCUUAACGUUAGCUAGCCAAAUUGCCUUUCUCGCUUAACGCGCUUGUGAACUUGGAAAACUGUCGUUUUAACCAGUUUUAACCAGUUCAACAGGACAUUUUCCACCUGUAGCGACUUGGCGGGCGCUGCCCGGCUUUGAACUGCCUCUCUGGAUGCGUGGCGCAAGCGUCUCAGCCGGCCUAAGAGGCGCCGCGGGCGAAAACCACGCACAUUCAUGGCGGCGGGGAAGGGAGGGCAACGUUACUUUUUUCUUACUGGAGGGGCUUUUGUGAGCAGUGUAAAGCUGUUGUUGUAACCAGUUCGACUGGACAUUUUUCACCUGUAGCUUUAGCGUCUUGGUGACACAGCCCGAUCCACGCUGAGCGAGGGACACGCACUCAGUGAGAAGAAGAGUGUUAGCGACCACAUUGGAUUGUUUUUUCCUAGUAUUAACGUUAAAUGUAAAUGACUUUGACCGUUCAUUGUAUUAUUGUCUUAUGUAUGACAUAUGUCUCGCAUUAGUGAUUAUUUUACCUUCAAGCACUUAAUAGAAAGUGAAUUGCAACCGGAUUAUGACAGAGUAUAUUAGCAAUAACUUUACACCCCUAAUAAUUACAUUAUAUCUUUAAUGUUAGCUACUUUGAAAAUACAGGUAUAUUGUUGCAUUAGACUUCUGUAGCUUAUAUAAGUUCCCUUGUCUCUUAUUUUCUUUGUUUUAUUGUGUUGCAGGUCAUAGGAAGAGAUUCCUUUGAACCCAGUAUCCUGAUAUUAGCAACAAACUGAAUACCAACCUCUGAAAAAUAUGCUUUGGAAGUGUAAGUAUUGCCCUCUUAACUGUGAAAAGAGAGCACAGCUAUUUCAACAUUAUAGGCUAAAACAUGGAAGUUAUGCAAGAACACAGCCUUUUCCUUGUUUAUUAUCAGGAAUGUCCAUGUACAUUUAAAUCACUCAAUGCACUAAAAGUACAUUUAUCUCGCCUUCACACCAAAACUCCUGAUCAGCAGCAACCAGAUGCACCAGUUAAAUUUUGCUGUCUGUCAUGUGGGUUUGCCGAGUCUUGUUCUCAGACUGACUACUUUACUCACCUGCGUACUACACACUUAAAAGUAAACCAUAAAGUCAGGUGCCCGUAUAAAGACUGUAACUUUGAAACAAGUAUAUACUCCACUUUCAAAGCACACAAGAGGUAAGUACACCAGGACCAGAAAUGGAAAAGUUUAAAGUCAGAAAUCAUUGGUUUGGAUAAUGUAAGCGAUGACCUUGAUGCUGCACAAGACCAAAUGUCACAUGCUGAUGAUAUGGACGAUUUAGAAGAUGUCAGUGUAGAAGCUAGUGAGACUGAUCUUCAUGAUUUAGAAAAACAGCUUGAGCACAACUUAGCAUCUCUUCUGUUAAAGAAGAGAUGCUAAGAAGAGACGCUUUCCUUUCUCUUUUCAUCUCAAUUUGUCUUUUCUUUCUUCUCUGCUCUUUUUCUUUUUCUUUCUGUCUUUUUCAUUCUUACCAUCUCAUUUCCCUUCCUUAAUCAAGGUCAUCCUCCGGCUGGAAUGGAUGGAAGGACAGUCUCAAGUUCAAGAUGGGGAAACUACAGAACCAAAAUGUGCCAGAUUGGACGAGUUGAUGUCACUGUCAAUGGUGGUAAACGUGGAAGGUACACUGCAAAUGCAGACCCUUCUAACAAAGGGAAGAAAAAAAGCCAAGGAAAGGAGAAUUAAAUUUCCUACCUGAAUAUCCAGAGGGGAGGGAUGACCACAGCCUGGAAGAAGCUCGCCAGGUUUUGGUCAAUGAAAUGAAGACAAAGCCAAAUGGGUCCCUUGUUAAGAAAGAGACAUUUGCGCUUCGGAGAAAAGAAGUUGUCCAAAACAAACCUGCCAUCAGCCAGUUGUUACAUCGAUGGCUAGCUCUUUUCACAGAAAGCCAGGUUUAUUACGAGUUCUCCAGAGUGGUGGGGAAAAGUCUGCAAGAGAAUUUCUUUGAUGAACUUGACCGUUUCUCUCCAAGGCUGAUAGACCUCUUUCGGAAGAAGAAAGGCCUUACCGGCCAGCUUUUGGCUGAGCUUUUACGUCAGACAAAGACCACUGAGCCAACAGACAUCAGGUGCCUAUGUCUUCGUGGACUGCCUGUCAUCUUGGCAGAUGAUUCUUCUGCCUUCUUCAGGACAUGCUCUGAUGUGACUGACAAGGACUCGUACAGUGAAACUCCAGUGGGAAUUCUCUGCCUUGGUCAAGAAAAUACCCAGCUCAACUCAUCCAGAGUAGGGAUCAUCUUUAAACAUUCUAGUUUAGCACAUGCAAUGAAUACAAAGGUUUUGUUACUUAAACUUAAAAUAGUAAGUGGAGUUCGUGUGACAAGGCAAUUGAUAUUACAAGAGAUUGUAAGUGAAAUCAACUUUGCAUUCAGUAUUUUGAACUUAAAAUAAUAAUUCCACCCUUUCAUGCAUUUAAGUUAAAUGCACUCAAGUUUUCAUAAGCCAUUACUUAAAGUUUUUAAGGCAACCCGUUUCCUCAAAUUUUUUAAAGUAAAUUCAACCUAUCCGGGCUUACAGUGUAAGAAAGGUGGACUAGCUACUCCUUUAUGGGGAAAGAGUGAGUUCAAAUCAUUGUUAGGAGAGCACAUGGACUCAGUAGUGACAGAGUCAGUCAGAUUGGACUUGAUAUAGAAAUCUGGUAUCCAUCCAGAAAAAAUAUGGUCAACUGAAGAAUGUAAAAAGGUACUUGGAGCAUGUAUCAGAAAGAAACACCUAAAAGGCAUUAUCUGUUGCCACCGAGAGUUUAGUUCAGCAAUAGCAAUACACUGAACUUUUUCAUGUGCUAAGUUAAAAGAACAAAACAAACAGCUGCACACAGAGUUGUCACACCUGGUUGUCUGCACCACUGUGAGACUUUAAAGGGCAUUCCUGUGUUGUGACUCUAUCAAUAGACAUCAUAUAGGUAGAUGUCCUAUUGGCCAUUGGCACUGAGAUUUGCAGCCGACAUUUUAAUCUGGUCGUACUCAUGGUUUUGUUGUGUAGCAGCAGUUAAGAUGCCAGAGCACAGUGCAGCAUUUUCCUAUUCUAAUCGAUGGACCAUUGCAAUUAGGGCUCGGGGGAUUACUUUUCACAAGUAAGAUUUAACAUUGAUUGUAUUUUGUCCUUAAAUUCAGACAAUUGAGAAAGAGCAAGAAUCUUUGAUAGUACUGUACUGAAAUUGUAGCUAGCUAAUGUUAGCUAGGCUAUGUA